AUUGCGUGAUUGGUUGAAUCAGCCGGCGAAAAGGAGGGUAGCUGGUGUAGCUGGAGUAUCUGGCUUAGGAAUAGCCCCCAAAUGUGGGGGGUUGUGUGACUGGAACCUAUAAUUACCGGGCUUAGGCAGGUGGUCGGCCAGCAGGACUUGGAUUCAGAUUGAACGCGGUCGUUGGCGCGAACGGAACGGAACGGAAGCCACCGAAAAAGUCACCGAUGCACUCGCCCGCCCAGUCGCCCAUUUUGGAUGUCACCGAUUCCGAACUGGAUGCCGCCGAUCUGGAGUCGCAGAAGAAGACGCCCUCCUACUCCUCCUUUCCUGUGCCCCAGAAUCUAAGGCUACCCGGCAUCUGUUUCCCUGGAAUGAUCGGUGCUAAAAGAUCCUCCGAAUCUCUGCCUGCCUUCGAGUAUAUUGCUCCGCCCAGUCAUGCCCUCCAGGCCCUGGAGUUUCCACUCAUGGAGCUCAAUCGCGUGGGUGUGAUUGGCGGCGGAAUGUUUCCGGGUUUCAUGCAUCGGCGGGUUCGCGGCGAAAAGCGUCCCAUUCCGGAGGCCCAAAAGGAUGCCAAGUAUUUCGAGAGGCGCAAGCGGAACAACGAGGCGGCCAAGAAGUCCAGGGAUGCGCGUAAAAUCCGUGAGGAUAGGAUAGCUUUCCGGGCUGCUCUGCUGGAGCAGGAGAACUCCAUCUUAAGGGCCCAGGUCCUGGCCCUCAGAGACGAACUGCAGACGGUGCGACAGCUCCUGGGAGCCUCAACCACCGGCGGCAUGUUGUCCAUGGCCAGGCAGGUGUAGCUUACGUAGAAAACCAUCGAAAAAGAUCCGGAGAUUUGUACAUAACAGUGAAGUGGGCAGUGGUUCUACCAAUUUUUGUUAAUAUAUGUUUAAAAUAAACUUUUUUUCGAUUUUUUCGAA